GAGAAGAACUGAAGGGAAUUUUUCCCAGUGCUUGGAACAGGGAAAAGCCUGGGGAGAUCGACACAGAUCAGAGAUGCAACUGGGAAACUAUCCCGGGAAGAAACUGGAUGAAUCCACUGAAUGUGAGGGAGGAUGGAAGGAUCCCAAGGAAACCACAGUCCAGCAGACAAGACACAAUGAAGAGAAACCCUACAAAUGCCUUGACUGUGGGAAAAGAUUCAGUGUCAGUGCAAACCUUCUUACACAUUGGAGAACCCACACAGGAGAGAAGUCCUAUGAAUGCUUGGACUGUGGGAAAAGCUUCCCUGAGAAGUCAAACUUUACUACACACCAGAGACUGCACAUAAGAGAGAAAUCCUAUAAAUGCCUUGUGUGUGGGAAAAGAUUUAAUUGGAGGUCACAGCUUAUGUCACAUCACAGAACCCACACAGGAGAGAAGCCCUAUAAAUGCUUAGACUGUGGGAAAAGCUUCAGUAGGAAGCUAGUUCUUAUUGUACACCAGAGACUGCACACAGGAGAGAAACCCUAUAAAUGCCUUGAGUGUGGGAAAAGAUUUAAUUGGAGGUCACAGCUUAUGUCACAUCACAGAACCCACACAGGAGAGAAGCCCUAUAAAUGCUUAGACUGUGGGAAAAGCUUCAGUAGGAAGCUAGUUCUUAUUGUACACCAGAGACUGCACACAGGAGAGAAACCCUAUAAAUGCCUUGUGUGUGGGAAAAGUUUUAGGCAGUGGGCACUGCUUAUGUCACAUCAGAGAACAAUCUUAGGAGAGAAGCCUUAUAAAUGCUUAGACUGUGGGAAAACCUUCAUUCACAAGUCAAACCUUAUUAUACACCAGAGAGUACACACAGGAGAGAGACCCUUUAAAUGCCUUGAGUGUGGGAAAACUUUCAGUCACCGCUCAAAUCUUACUAAACACCGGGGAAUCCACAUCAGAGAGACGCAUUAUAAAUGCCUCGACUGUGGGAAAAGCUUCAUCGAUAGAAUAAAACUUACUAGUCAUCAAAGAAUGCAUACAGGAGAGAGACCCCAUAAAUGCUUUGACUGUGGGAAAAGCUUCAUACAGAAGUCAAGGCUUAUUGUACACCAGAGAGUACACACAGGAGAGAGACCCUAUAUAUGCUGUGAGUGUGGGAAAGGUUUUAUUCGGAGCUCAGAGCUUAUUAGACAUGAGAUCACCCACACAGGAGAGAGACCCUUUAAAUGCCAUGAAUGUGGGAAAAGUUUUAAUCAUAAUUCAGCACUUAUUAUACAUCAGCGAUCCCACACAGGAGAGAGACCCUAUGGAUGCCUUGAGUGUGGGAAAGGUUUUAUUGAGAACUCAGCGCUUAUUAGACAUAGGAGAAUCCACACGGGAGAAAGACCCUAUAAAUGCCACGAGUGUGGGAAAAGUUUCAGUGUGAAAUCAACCCUUACUGCACAUCAGAAAACCCACACAGGAGAGAGACCCCAUAAAUGCUUCGACUGUGGGAAAAGCUUCAUUCAGAAGUCAAAGCUUAGUGAACACCAGAGAGAACAUACAGGAGAGAGACCAUAUAAAUGCCUUGACUGUGGGAAAACUUUCAUUAAGCGCUCAGACCUUAUUAAGCAUCAAAGUAUCCACACACCAAGCGACAAAUCCUAUAAAUGCCUUGACUGUGGGAAAAGUUUCCCUGACAGAAUAAAACUUAGUAGACAUCAGAGAAUCCAUACAGGAGAGAGGCUCCAUAAAUGCAUGGACUGUGGGAAAAGCUUCAUUAACAACUCAAGGCUUAUUGUACACCAGAGAGUGCACACGGGAGAGAAACCCUUUAAAUGCGGUGAGUGUGGGAAAAGUUUUAGUCAGAGUGCAACGCUUAUUACACAUCAGCGAACCCACACAGGAGAGAGACCCUAUGGAUGCCUUGAGUGUGGGAAAAGUUUUAUCUCAAGUUCAGCCCUUACUAUACAUAGCAGAAUCCACACAGGAGAAAGACCCUAUGGAUGCCUUGAGUGUGGGAAAACUUUCAGUUACCGUUCAAAUCUUACUAAACACGGGGAAAUCCACAUCCGAGAGAUGCAUUAUAAAUGCCUCGACUGUGGGAAAAGCUUCAAUAAGAGCUCAGCACUGACCAAACAUGAGAGAAUCCACAAGGAUGAGAGACCUCCCCCCACCCCGCACAGCAGAGAGGAGGUGGCUCCCAGUCCAAGUGACUGGGGGCUCCGGGGAGGAAGGAGGCGGGGGACAGGAGCAGUGCUGGCUGCACACUGCAGUGGAGCAGGGGGAAGGAGGGGCACCCCUGCUCCUGAGAAGUCACCUCCAACUGCCCCUUGCAGCUCAGGUCCUUCCCCCCAACUCCCACCCACCCACAAGGCCGGCCCUGGUCCCAUUCUCCUCCCCUCCCUGUCAGCAGCCCCAUUCCCAGCACUCGGAGACGAGGAUCUAUACCUCGAACUCGGGUGCCGGCGAUGGGGGGACAGACCGCGGGGUCACUGCAGGGGCACGUGCCGUAGCUGGAGCCCAGCCACAGGAGGAGUGCGAGGAGAAGAGGGACGGCAGCAGCGGGAGAGGCUGAGGAAUCACGUUCACGUUUCGCUCCAGAUCGUCCCGUCUUCCAGAGGACAGGGAAGGGAACUGGCUGUGAUGGAGCCAGCUCAGAUGCCGGUGACCUUCGAGGAUGUGGCUGUGUAUUUCACCGAGCGACAGGGGGCUCUGCUGGACCCCAGUCAGAGAGCUCUCUACAGGGACGUCAUGCAGGAGAACCAUGAGACAGUGACCUCGCUGGGAUUUCCCGUUCCCAAACCCGACGUGAUCGCCCAGCUGGAAAGAGGGGAAGAGCCAUGGGUCCCGGAUCUCCAGGCCUCGGAGGAAAUUGUGAGCCCGAGAGACACCUGCACAGCAGGUGAUAGGACAGUGAGUGAGACCAAGGAGGAGAAUCGUCAGCAGGAAGGCCCUGAGCAAGUGGAAUCGCAGGAGAAGUUUUUGAGAAGAGCUGAACGGAAUUUUUUCCAGUGCUUGGAGCAGGGAAAUGCCUGGGGAGAUCGACACAGAUCAGAGAUGCAACUGGGAAACUAUCCCAGGAAGAAACUGGAUGAAUUCACGGAAUGUGGUGGAGGAUGUAAGGAUCCCAAGGAAACCACAGUCCAGCAGAGAAGUCACAAUGAAGAGAAACCCUACAAAUGCCUUGACUGUGGGAAACGAUUCCAUUUCAGUACAAUCCUUCUUACACAUUGGAGAUCCCACACAGGAGAGAAACCCUAUAAAUGCCUUGAGUGUGGGAAAAGAUUUAAUUGGAGGUCACAGCUUAUGUCACAUCACAGAACCCACACAGGAGAGAAGCCCUAUAAAUGCUUAGACUGUGGGAAAAGCUUCAGUAGGAAGCUAGUUCUUAUUGUACACCAGAGACUGCACACAGGAGAGAAACCCUAUAAAUGCCUUGUGUGUGGGAAAGGUUUUAGGCAGUGGGCACUGCUUAUGUCACAUCAGAGAACAAUCUCAGGAGAGAAGCCUUAUAAAUGCUUAGACUGUGGGAAAACCUUCAUUCACAAGUCAAACCUUAUUAUACACCAGAGAGUACACACAGGAGAGAGACCCUUUAAAUGCCUUGAGUGUGGGAAAACUUUCAGUCACCGCUCAAAUCUUACUAAACACCGGGGAAUCCACAUCGGAGAGACGCAUUAUAAAUGCCUCGACUGUGGGAAAAGCUUCAUCGAUAGAAUAAAAUUUACUAGUCAUCAAAGAAUGCAUACAGGAGAGAAACCCUAUAAAUGCUUUGACUGUGGGAAAAGCUUCAUACAGAAGUCAAGGCUUACUGUACACCAGAGAGUACACACAGGAGAGAGACCCUAUGUAUGCUGUGAGUGUGGGAAAGGUUUUAUUCGGAGCGCAGAGCUUAUUAGACAUGAGAUCACCCACACAGGAGAGAGACCCUUUAAAUGCCAUGAGUGUGGGAAAAGUUUUAAUCAUAAUUCAGCACUUAUUAUACAUCAGCGAUCCCACACAGGAGAGAGACCCUAUGGAUGCCUUGAGUGUGGGAAAGGUUUUAUUGAGAACUCAGCGCUUACUAGACAUAAGAGAAUCCACACAGGAGAAAGACCCUAUAAAUGCCACGAGUGUGGGAAAAGUUUCAGUGCGAAAUCAACCCUUACUGCACAUCAGAAAACCCACACAGGAGAGAGACCCCAUAAAUGCUUCGACUGUGGGAAAAGCUUCAUUCAGAAGUCAAAGCUUAGUGAACACCAGAGACAACAUACAGGAGAAAGACCAUAUAAAUGCCUUGACUGUGGGAAAAGCUUCAUUCAGAAGUCAAAGCUUAGUGAACACCAGAGAGAACAUACAGGAGAGAGACCAUAUAAAUGCCUUGACUGUGGGAAAACUUUCAUUAAGCGCUCAGAUCUUAUUAAACAUCAGAGGAUCCACACACCAAGCGACAAAUCCUAUAAAUGCCUCGACUGUGGGAAAAGUUUCCCUGACAGAAUAAAACUUACUAGACAUCAGAGAAUCCAUACAGGAGAGAGACCCCAUAAAUGCUUUGACUGUGGGAAAAGCUUCAUACACAACUCAAGGCUUAUUGUACACCAGAGAGUGCACACGGGAGAGAAACCCUUUAAAUGCCAUGAGUGUGGGAAAAGUUUUAGUCGGAGUGCAACGCUUAUUACACAUCAGCGAACCCACACAGGAGAGAGACCCUAUGGAUGCCUUGAGUGUGGGAAAAGUUUUAUCUCAAGUUCAGCCCUUACUAUACAUAGCAGAAUCCACACAGGAGAGAGACCCUUUAAAUGCCACGAGUGUGGGAAAACUUUCAGUUACCUCUCAAAUCUUAUUAAACAUGGGAAAAUCCACAUCAGAGAGAUGCAUUAUAAAUGCCUUGACUGUGGGAAAAGCUUCAAUAAGAGCUCAGCACUGACCAAACAUGAGAGAAUCCACAAGGGUGAGAGACCCUAGGGAUAGCUUGACUGCAGGAAAAGAUUCAAUUUGACUUCACACUUCAGUGACCCACACAACAGCGAGACCUUGAACGUGAGGGAAGGUUCAUUUGGUGCUGCCGGAGUAUCAGGCAUCUGUAAAUCUAAACAGGGAAGAAACCUCUGAGAUGUUCUCAGUGUGGGACAUGGUCCAAGGGGAGCUAACACCAUGUUGGACAUCAGAGACUCCUCCACACAGCUGGGAAAUUCUCUCAGGGCCCUGACUGGGGCUGGCCAUGGUGACCAACCCAUUUCCUCAUUCCCACACACAUCAGGGGCGUUUGGCUUCCAAGGAUGCAGCUGCCCAUCGCAGGGGUGAGGAUCCAGCAGCAGCCGAGCUUCAGCUGGUCAGUGACCCUCUGGCUCUGCCUGGUCUAAGCAAACCCCAGGCAGAGGAGGAGAAACCCCCAUCAGCCCCUCCUCCUGGCUGCAGCCCUGGCUGCUGAGCUGAUGGGUCACUGGUGGGGGAAGGGAGAGAGAGAAACUCCUCCAGCCGCUCCCUCUGCCUGGCUAAAGUUCCCCCCUCUCCUUUCCCCUCCCAGCCAGGAUCCCUCUGCCAUGGAAAUGAGGAGGAGGACACUUGGGCCAGGCCCCACCUUCAUUCUAGAUCCCUGUCCCCAUCCCCCAUCUUCCACCAGCCCCUGGGCCGGGCUCCCCUACUCACCUGGAGCUGUUUCCUGUAUGGGGAGUGUCCCUGGGGGCUGAUAACUCCUCCCCUCCCCAAAUUCCCCAGGGUGCUGGGCUCUGGGGGAUCCACCAUUAAAGGACCAGACCAAUAGGUUGUGGGGAGGAAACUGGGGAUUGAAUGGUUGAGGCUGGAGUAGCUGGGAAGCAGGGAGAGCUGGGUGCUGGGGCUAGCAAGUGUUUGGGGACCCUGGCAUAAGAGGCGAGGGAGAGCACAAGGGCAGAGAGGUGCUGCCUCAUCACUCACCCCCUCUGCCCCUUCUUCCUGCCCCCUCUGCCCCUUCUUCCUGCCCCCUCUGCAUUUAGACAGCACCAUUAGCAGAGACUGAUUUCCACAGGGCGUUUUCUUGGAAGCCUGGAUUUCCCACCUCUGCUACAGCGGCAUCAGCCUCUGAGAGGGAAGCAGCGCUGCCUAGUGGAUGGAGCACUGGCCUGAGACUCAGGAGACCUAAGCUCUAUUCCCAACACUGCCAGCAGCUUGCGGGGUGACCUGAUACAAAUCUGUGCCUUAUAGAGAGGGAAUAAAUGAGGAGUGAUAAUAUCAGCCUCCGAGUGCCUGUCUAGGGGAGGAGAACUGGUUGGGAUUCUCUAGUGCAUCUCCUUUGUUCCUCCUCCCCUUUUGCUACUCUAGACUGACCUGUAGCAGUUUAUUCCAAUCCCCCAUUAGCAAAGUGAUUGUUAGAGUCACUAAGUGCCCCCUUUGCAGUGAGAUUGUCUGAUUCCCAGACAUCCUCACAUUGCUCCAGGUUAUGCUAAAAAGCAUUUAAUUUUUUGUGCUGUUUCUUCCUUUUACACCAGCAUUCAAUAGAGAUUAAAAGAGCUGGAUGAGGGAUAGCAAAAUACUGUGGUGGUUUCGCUUCUGUAUUAUUUGAAGGGGAUGAGAUGAGUCUGAAGGAUUCCCUUCCGCCCCCAUCAACUUCACACAUCUUCUCUCACAGAGCAGCCUCUGUCCAAGCCGGUGAGAGUUUAUCCUUUUCCCUUUCUACCCCUCCACCUUCAUGUGUGUCAUUUACCACAGCGUCCUUUGCCCACCACGCUUAGGAAUCAGGCUUUGAUUUCUUUGAUCCUUAAUCAGGCCCCUAGGGGCUCGAGACAAAAAUGUCACAUUCCUGAAAGGGGAAUUCAAAUGAACCCCAAAGCACAGUUUCAGCUUCACUCCCAGCCUCUAUCUAUUGGUAAAGUGGCAUCUAGAGUUUUUCCAGCCAAAUCCAGAUCAUUUGUAGACAGGAAGUUUUUGGUUGUUUGUCUUUUUUUCAUGACGAUGAUGCUAAAGCUUUUGUCAAUGACCAGCCAAAGAAUGCGGCGGUGCUGAGGAGAGGAGCUUUAACCUGUUCAGCAGGAAAUGGGCAAAUUGGUUCCCAAGAGUUGAGUUUUAAAAUUUUCUGGGAUUUCAUGUCAUGAACGGGAAAGUGGUUUGUAGCCCACCCUGGAGUGUGGGUUUUUCUCUUUUUGGUGAAGGCUGUUCUGUCGUGUAUUUUGAUAUUAAAUGAGUUUUAAAGGAUAUAGUUCAGAUUUCUUGGGGACCUCAAAAGACAAAUGAUAAUUUUCCAAAAUAGUCCUUACUGAUUUUCUUUUCACAUCAGAUUUGCUUCUUCUUUGAACAAUGAAAAUGACCAGUGUCUGUCAGCAAAACAAUGAGAGCGAGUGCUGGAUACGCACUCCAGGAGUCAGGGACUGAAAUGGGGAAGGAAGUGACUGCCUGAUCCCUGCAGAGAUGUAAGAUACAGUCAGGAGGGGGAGAGGGUGGGUGUGAGGGGGGGCAGGACCUUGAAAGGGCACUGUUUGCUCUUGCAAGCCAGAGAGCUGAGGCUGAGAACUGUGAACUCACUGCACAUGUCCCAGAGAGAGAGGAAAUGUCCUACGAGUGCUGGGUGAAGUCGUCCUUGAACUCUGAAGGGCUACAAAUGAAGCCCCAAGAGGACUGAUGUGGAGAGGGGUCAGCGACUCCCCAUUGCUGAGAGGAGGAGGCCGGGCAAAUGCCUCUCUCAUGGAUUGUUAUCGCUUUUCUACCAACUUUAAUGUAUUCCUCUUUCCCUGGGGCGCAUGUGCCGAGCUGGGCAUUGGAUGUGUGUGUGUGUUGGGCGGGGGGAAUUAAGCUUUUAUAUCUUGGUUUGAAAGAAUAAAGUAGAAUUCAGUUUCUCAAA